UUGUAUAUAUGUAACCUCUUGGGCCCCUCGUAGAGUUAAUUUUUGGGUUCACUUUUUCCGUUACUACUACUGUACCACCACCUCCGCCACCUGUAACAGAAACUCACUCCACACAUGUCAACCACCUCCUCUUCUUCGUCUCACGACGGAGGAGACGGUGGCGACUUCGCCGGACCGUCGCAUGCUCGUCAGCGAUUCAACACCGCCGUCUGGCCGGAGCCGUUCCUCGAAGCUCUUGCCACUCAAGUCGCUAUCGACGCCGCUCUCUCCUUCGGUCGCCUCGCCGCUGCUCAGGCGAUCUUCAAUCUCUUUCAGGUUUGUAGAACAUGGCGAAGGGCAUCCCAAUCCGACCUCCUGUGGCAAACCCUAACCCGUCGCAUUUGGAACCGGCACCACCUCCUCCACCCCUCUUGGCACCAAGAAUACAUUUACCGCCACCGCACCGCUACCAACUUCCGUAACCGGAGGUACAACCACACCACCCUCAAUUUCCCACCAAACGAUAACAACAACAAUAACGAAGCCCUCUCUUGCCGCCGCAUUGCGCUCUCGGACUACCACCUUGCUGCGGGCUUUUCCGAUGGCUCAGUUCGCCUCUUCCACCUCCCCACAAGCCUCCAUGUGUCCACCUUCCACCCUCAUCAACGUAACCACUUUGGCCAAUACUCUCGUGCUGUCUCCGGCAUCUUUUUUACGGAUACUCGCCUCGUGUUUUCCUCUUUCGACGGUGAUAUACAUGUGGCCUCGAUUCACGUUCCUGGAGCUCUGCGUAGGGCCCACUUGGGUGACGUGGUUACUGAUGGCGUUCUCCUUGAUUUUACCGGAUCUAACCGCUGGUGGAUUGGGCUCUAUGCAGGUGUACCAAAUCGCGCGUUCCACAUACGAAACAGUAACACUGAAGAACUUGUAUUCAUCGGCGGCACAUUAACAGACCCAGACGCGGUAUUGGGGUGGCACUUGCUCGUAGAUCUGAGUGAGCACGUUGGCAGAAUCCGCAUAACAAGUGAUGACCUGGCAGUGGGGUUCACAAGAAGCAGGGUUCUUGUAUUUAACUUAAGGAACCAAAUGAUACUAGGAGAAGAGGAGUUUAUGAGGCCGGUAAAUGUGGGUACAACUGACGCGUACAAUAAGGCUCUAAUGUUCGUAAACAGUCGGGGUGUAGCUAAUGUGCGCCAGGUGGAAGGUUUGGAGGAAAUUUGUCGGUUCAUGGCACGCGGUGGCUCGUUGGGUUGCAUAAACGGCGGUUACUCUUUUAUUUCGACUAAUGGUGGGGUUCGGGUGUGGGAGUUAGUUCACGGCGAGUAUUUAUAUACAUUACGAGAACGGAUAUGGGAUGUGACCGCCAUGAUUGCCGAUGAACGCUAUGUAGCAGCUUGUACCAGUGACAACACCAUUCAUUUGUGGGACUUUGGAGCACGUUAGACACACUUCUUACACAAUAAACAUCACAUGGCUAUUGACUGAUUUGGACUUUGACUUUGACUUUGGGGUCAAUGUGUGUUUCUGGUUGAGAUCCUUUAGUGAAUGCCAGUGAAUGAGAAGGCUAGGUGGCUCCUGUUGACUAUUUGAUUAGUGUUAGGUUUCCUUAUGUAUGAUUAUUGUUGACCUUUGACUUUUGUUGUUGGAAAUUAUUUGAUAUUGGAUAUUAUUUGGGUAUAGUGAUGUUUUACAUAUUGGAUGGUAA